AUGACAACUUCAUCGCGCCAAAUUGAGAUCUUUAUCGAACAAAAAAUGGCUUACCGUAACCUCAAAAUGGCCCAGAUUGCUAAACUUCAAAGAUUUACAACAUCAUUUCGCGACGGAGUCAUGCAAGCAGAAUUAGAGGAGGAUAUACGCGCAGAAUAUCUGCAUGAAUUGCAUGUUAUGGAACUGAAUUUAAAGAGAUUACACGAUGCCUUGGAUGGGGCGUUUAACGCGUUCUUUGCUGAAUCUAUAGACGCGGCGGCACUUGCUCGACUUGAAAAUAAUCUGCUGCUGAUUGAGCGUCAAUUUGAGGUUUGUGCAGCGAUCAUUCUCGAGUACCUACAAGCUUCGUUAAUCUACUCACUUGAAAAGUUGACAUCAUUGGAUUACCAUGCCAUUGGGAAUGAACUACGCUCUUUAGCGGUUCUUCGGAGUAUGGACCUGCCCCUUCCAGAAAAGUGA